AUGAACGACAAUAUAUCUCACGGGACUGUUGAAAGCGGUUCAUCGGAAUCGGAUAUUCCACCCUCGGGGUCGUCCUCUGCGGUCGCUACUGGAAGUAGCUCCGGAAGGCCGGUGAAGGACAAAUCAUGCCCUAUUUGCUUUCUUGUGUUCGCCUCUAUGCAAUCUCGUAGACGUCAUAUCGAGAGAAAGCAUCCAACUAAGCUUGGGAGCGAUGAGGUCGAACGGCUCUCCUACAUCAAGGCACAAUCGCCAGCAUUACCCUAUGCCUGCGAAUUGUGCUCGAAAGCGCUCGCAUCAAACUCUUCUUUGAGUUUACACCGAAGGAGAAUGCAUGAGAACAAGAAGGACUAUGGAUGUCUUACUUGUGGAAAGAGGUAUCCUCUUGCGAGUGAGCUCAGGAAGCACAUCAAACGUGUGCACGAAAGAAAUUUGGAUGUCUGA